AUGUCGAGUGGAAAACGGCGUAAUCCGCUUGGACUCAGUCUACCUCCAACGGUGAAUGAACAAAGCGAAUGUGGCGAGGCAGCCGCGGAAGAAGCAACCGCCACUGUUCCACUCGAAGAACAACUAAAAAAACUUGGGCUUACAGAACCACAGACACAGCGUCUCAGUGAGUUUCUUUUAGCGAAGGAGGGAAUAAAGGAGUUAAGCGAAGAUAUGUUGCAAACUGAAGGCGAACUGGGGCAUGGUAAUGGUGGCGUUGUCAACAAAUGCGUUCAUAAAAAGACAGGAGUCAUAAUGGCUCGUAAACUGGUCCAUCUGGAAAUCAAACCAUCCGUACGCCAGCAGAUUGUCAAAGAAUUAGCAGUUCUUCACAAGUGUAACAGUCCUUUCAUCGUCGGAUUUUAUGGCGCUUUUGUGGAUAACAAUGACAUAUCGAUAUGCAUGGAAUACAUGGAUGGACUUUCACUUGACAUAGUUCUCAAAAAAGUUGGCCGCCUUCCUGAAAAGUUCGUCGGAAGAAUUUCGGUGGCUGUUGUCAGAGGAUUGACAUACUUGAAAGACGAAAUCAAGAUCUUGCACAGAGAUGUCAAGCCGUCCAACAUGCUUGUUAAUAGUAACGGAGAGAUCAAACUGUGUGAUUUUGGUGUGUCAGGAAUGCUGAUCGACUCUAUGGCUAACUCAUUCGUUGGUACCAGAAGCUACAUGGCACCGGAACGACUGACAGGAUCUCAUUACACCAUUUCAUCGGACAUUUGGUCGUUUGGCUUGUCCCUCGUUGAGCUUCUGAUAGGACGAUAUCCUGUUCCAGCUCCAUCUCAAGCCGAGUAUGCUACAAUGUUCAAUGUGUCAGAAAAUGAAAUAGAGCUCGCUGAUACUCUCGAAGAAGCCACAUAUCAUGCACCAAGCAAUCCUGCUUCGAUGGCGAUUUUCGAGAUGCUUGACUACAUUGUCAACGGACCACCUCCAACCCUUCCGAAACGCUUUUUUACUGAUGAAGUCAUUGGAUUCGUAUCUAAAUGUCUCCGGAAGCUUCCAAGUGAGCGUGCAACACUGAAAUCUCUCACGUCUGAUGUAUUUUUCACUCAAUAUGCCGACAGUGACGAUCAAGGAGAAUUUGCGGAUUUUGUGAAAGGCACUCUCAACUUGCCCAAGUUGAACCCAUAA